UGUACGCGAUGAUGACGUAGUUUAGCCCACAGCGAGCGUGCUGGAGAGCUGUGGCUGUGCAAAGAACCCCGACUAGAAAAGGAGGCUCAGGAGGAUUAAGCUCAGGAGAAAGCAAAUCAGCAUUUGAGCUCUAUGAAACGGACAAGUGCAGAGGAAUGCGCUGAACCAACCGGAGAGAUUUACGCACACGCACGCACGCAUACGCAGCCAUAAUCUGGAUUUGACAGAGCCUCAUCGUUUUUCUCAUAGUCGGCUAUUCUUCUUGGACACAUCACCAAUGGAGCACGCACUAGACGAUCAGAAUGCAGAGAUCAGAUCUGAGAUAUAAGUAGCACAGAACUGACUGAUCCGAGUCACUGCGUUUGCGCCUUUGUUUGGCACUGACCGCAAAAACUUCCACUACGAUGGCUUUGGUCAUGGAACCUGUAAGCAAGUGGACAACGAGCCAGGUGGUGGACUGGAUGAAGGGUCUGGAUGACUGUCUGCAGCAGUACAUUAAGAACUUUGAGCAGGAGAAGGUGGGAGGGGAGCAGUUGCUGCGCAUCACUCAUCAAGAGCUGGAAGAUCUGGGAGUUUCUCGCAUUGGCCAUCAGGAGCUCAUCCUGGAGGCUGUGGACCUUCUGUGUGCACUGAACUAUGGUCUGGAGACGGAGAAUCUAAAGACCCUGUCCCAUAAGCUCAACGCCUCUGCUAAAAACCUGCAGAACUUCAUAACAGGUCGCAGACGAGGAGGUCAUUAUGAUGGCCGAGCAACACGCAAGCUCCCGAACGACUUCCUCACCUCUGUGGUUGAUCUGAUUGCUGCUGCGAAAAGUCUUCUGGCCUGGUUGGACAGGUGUCACGUCUUCCUCAGGUCUCCUUUUGCCGCAGUGGCUGACUAUUCCCUGACCAGGAACAACGUGAUCCAGCUUUGUCUAGAACUAACCACAAUAGUGCAACAGGACAACACAGUGUAUGAAACGGAGAAUAAAAUACUGCAUGUGUGUAAGAUGCUGUCUGAUGUAUGUGACCAUAUUAUCACGCUCUCUUCAGACCCCAUGGUGUCCCAGGCUGCUCACCUUGAGGUGGUGCAACUGGACAACAUCAAAUCGACAGAGGGGCUGGGCAUGUACAUCAAGUCGACGUAUGAUGGCUUACAUGUCAUCACAGGGACCACAGAGGGGUCUCCGGCAGACCGCUGUAAGAAAAUCCACGCUGGCGAUGAAGUAAUUCAAGUCAAUCAUCAGACAGUGGUGGGCUGGCAGUUAAAGAACUUAGUGAACUCUUUACGUAGUGACCCCGCUGGCGUGUCCUUAACACUGAAGAAACGUCCUCAGAGCACCCUCACUUCCACCCCUGCCUUACUGAAGAACAUGAGAUGGAAACCCCUGGCCCUGCAGCCCAUCUUCCCCUCGAGCCCUAGCAGCAGUGCAGCCACACCCACCAGCACCCUGAGCACACCAUCCAAACGAGACAGCUGUGCUCUACAGGAGCUCUACUUCCCCCCACCACCGGAUGAGCCAUACACACCCAGAGAGGGCACAGCUAGUGACACUUCCCAGCAUGAGGUGGCUAAGCGCUCUGAGUCGCCAAACUCUUUUCUAGACCAGGAGUGCCGGCGGCGGUUUCCCAUGAUGGAUGAGGACUCAGUUCUCUACUGCUACGAGUAUGAUCCAAACCGGGGACCUCCUCCUCUGCGCAGGGAUGGCACUAUGACAUAUGAGAACUCCAUGCUUCGUUAUGUUGGAGAGGACAAGGCAGGUCCUGAGGAGUAUGCGGUAGGACGCAGCAGCAGCAGGAGGAGCAGGAGGAAGAAUGAGAAAGGGAGUAGCCCCGCCCAUUAUGCCCUGGUUCCAGCCCUUCAGAUGGAAAUGCUGAGACAAGACUCUGUAACCACGCCCACCUCAGACACCUCCUCCAUCUACCAUACGUUUGAUCAGUCUUCAGUGCUGUCAAAGUCAAAGAAGAAGCUGAGAGCUGGCUCACUAUCUUCCAUCAGUAAGCGCAGGAUUUCAUGCAAAGACCUGGGACAGGGAGAUUGCGCAGGCUGGCUCUGGAAGAAGAAGGAUGCCAAGAGCUACUUUUCUCAAAAGUGGAAGAAGUACUGGGUGGUGCUGAAAGACACCUGCCUGUAUUGGUACAUCAACGAGGAGGACGAGAAGGCCGAAGGCUUCGUCAGUCUCCCUGAGUUCAAAAUUGACCAAGCAAAUGAAUGCCGCAAAAAGUUCGCUUUUAAGGCAUGUCAUCCUAAGAUCAAGAGUUUCUACUUUGCAGCAGAUAAUGUGGAUGACAUGAACAGAUGGCUGAGUCGAUUAAACAUGGCAGCAACAGCUCAUUCGGAGCAGGAGAGGAUUCGGCAGGAUCAUGACUACUGGAGUGAGAGUGACCACGAGGAUGUCGAGAAUUUGUCUUCUAAACAGAACAGCCCUCCACCACCCUACGACACCUACCCUGCCUUACAGCAGGUGAGCCCCUAUCCUGAGCCCAAACACAUUCGGCCUCCGUCCACAGAGACAGUGCAGCCCCGGUCUCCCCAUGAGGACUUCCAUUCCGAGCCCCAGUGUGCCAGUAUGAGUGGCUCCAGUUCUCCUGCACGCAAGUCGUCCAGCCAGAGGCGCUCAUGGCAAGAUCUGAUUGAGACGCCACUCACUAGUUCGGGUCUACACUUCUUGCAGUCUGUGCCACUGGAAGAUGCUGUAUUCCUGGAGCCCAAUGGCGCUACAUCUGUGGAACUUCGCCGCCAGGCCACACUGCCACCUCAGCGAUGCCCACUGCCCGAGCGCCACACCCCACUGACACCCAGCCAACUACCUCCCACAGCAAGGAUAGGAAGGGAAGUAAAACACCGCAGCUUUACACUGCCACGUGACAGUGGCCUGCAUGCCAUCCUGGCUGCCACAGCAGGAGCACCUGAACACAGAGAUAUCCAGCAGCACCAGCUGGGCCAGGUGUACAGAGAUGCAGGUAUGGAGCGGGAACGCAGGCAGCAGGCUGAUUCGCUGUGUGACCUGUAUCGAGCUCUAGAGAGGGCCAGCUUGUCCCCUGUAAAUGAGCACAUGCCCACCAAUCGUCUGGAGUACAAGCGCUCAUUUGUCCGCCGUGGUAACGACCCCUUGCUUAAUGAGAAGCUGCACCGCCUGCGCAUACUUCAGAACACAUUCAAGGAUGUCCCACUCAAAGAGGCCGAGACGAAGAUCAUUCAUCGGGAUGUCUAAGGAAAACAACAAUCUUUACAUCUGUAUAUAAAAAUACUGUAUAUUAAAUGUGAAAGGAGUUACCUCUGCUCCAAUUCUAUUCUCUUCAUCUCUGCUUUCUUGUGGAGGUUGAUUUACAUGUGCACAGCCAGUCAAUGGCUUUUGAAGAAAAAUAUUAAACAUGCUUUCCAGAAAAGGCCUUAGUCCAUAAAAAAGGACUAGACAGUCCAAUAAACUGUCUAGUUUAUUAGACAAUGCUAAUAUUAUCUGUACCCCACAUUUCAGAGUUUACAGGACUCAGAGUUCAGUCUUGAGCUUUGUUUACCGUCUUUUACAAGUUUCCCAUGUGUACUCCAUACAAGGGUUUCUUCAAUGUUCCCUUCCCAAACAUAUGCUGGUAGGCGAGUUGUCUGGCAUCCCAUCCAGGGUGUAUUUCCACUUUGUGACUAUGAUCAAGAUAGUGAUUACUAAGAAUGAAUGAAUGAAUGAAUGAAUGUAUGUAUGUAUGCAUGCAUGUAUGUAAACUGACAUAUAAAUUGACAGAUGUUGAGUGCAUAUAUCAGUUCUUGUUUUCAGUAAAAUAAAAUAAAAAAGCCACAGAUGUUUUUUUUUUUCAGUUCACUUGUACCUAUUCCCUACUUAUAUAUUUCAAAUUAGCCCAUUGUUUAAUGUCCAACCAAAAAUGUUAAUAUAUUCAUUCAAUCAUCUUCAGUAACUGCUUUACACUGGUCAGGGUUGUGGUGGAUCUGGAGUCUAGCCUGGGACUAUUACACUCUCAGAAAACAAAAUACAUCAUUGUACCUUUAGGGGUACAACAGCUCGUCACUGGGGCAGUACUCUCUAAGGUCCUUAUUUGUACCAUUUAUAUACUGACUGAGAACAUACAUGUACCUUUUUGACACUAAAAAGGUACACAUAGUUACCUUGAGGUCCAAUAAUGAGCCCUGAGGGGUACAUCAGUGUAGAUUGUACCAUGGGGUACAGAAAUGGACUCCUACUGUACCCCCAUUUCUUAACAAUGUAGGCAUUUGGCAGAAAUACCUGGAUGGGAUGCCAUUCCAUCACAGGGCACCACACACACAGACCCUUAGCAUGUUUUGAGAGGUAGCUGGAAACCCAGAGGAAACCCACAUAGACACAGGAAGAACAUGUGAAACUGCACCCAUGCAUUAACCCAAACUCAAGAUUGAAGCAGGGAUCCUGGAGCCGUGAGACAGCAACGCAUCCUGCUGUGCCACCAAAAAUGUUGAUAGAAUAUAGAUUGCUCAAAAACUUUUGACUGGCAGUGUAUUUAUUAGAUCUUUAUCCGAUCUUUAUCAUUAUCCUCUGAGCCCGUUUUACUUGCCAUAU